AUGUUAUUGAACAAAGAAAGAAUUCAUGAAUGGACUACAGAUCAACUCCUUGCUAGUGCAACAUUAGGCACAUAUCAGACAUAUGGUAUUUGCAUCCCUUUUCUGCAGAAUUGGAGAAGAACUUUUUCCACAGUUACAUGUCAUCCAAAAGCUUUGGAACAUAUUCUUCGAACUAAGUUUCAUAAUUAUCCAAAAGGCCCAACUUGGAAAAACACCUUUGGCGAUGUUAAAGGAAAUCAAGGUAUAGCCCAUGUUAAUGGUGAAGAGUGGACUUUGCAAAGGAAAUUAGUGGUUCCAGAAUUAUCAAAAUUGAAGCUCGUUCCAACACUAUAUAGUUGGGUGAACCCUACAAUCAAGAAUAAUUUAUUACCUAUUUUAUACAACGCUUCAAAACAAAACAUUUCAGUUGACUUGCAAAACUUGAUGAUUCGUUUUGGCACUGAGAAUAUAUUUGGAUUUGCUCUAGGCAAAAAAUUGAAAACUCUAACAACAGAACUUCCUGAGGACCCUCUUGCACUAGCCAUAGAUGCAACUGUUCAAUCUUUUUUCAAAAGAUUGUUUUACCCCAAUUUCAUGUUGAAAUUUAUGAGAUUUUUCUCUAUUGGAUGUGAACGAAGCCUAAUGAAGAACCACCAAAUUUUGAACAAUUACAUAACUGAGGCACUAGAAGAACGUAAGAGAAGAAAAGAUGAAACUUCCGAUGAUGAUUUAUUGUGGACGUUGAUGAAGAAAGUGCAAGUUAAUGGACACAUUUUGCCUAACUCUGCUAUUAUGAGCACAAUUCUUGACAUUCUAUUAGCGGGGCAUGACUCUGUUGCUACAUCAGCUAGCUGGUUUUUUUGGCUCGUUAUGAACAAUCCACGUGUUGAAAAAAAGAUCGUUAAUGAAAUCUUAACAGUUUUAAAGAAAUCCCGAGGAAAGGACAAGAUACAAGAAUGGAUGGAAGAGUCAUUGUCAUAUGAAGAAAUCAAUAGUUUGGUCUAUAUUCAUGCGACAUUGCUAGAAACUCUACGUUUAUAUCCUUCGUUCCCCAGAAUGGUGAGGUACGCAAUAUUUGAUGAUAUCCUUCCCGAUGGAACUUACGUACCAGCUGGUACGGAUGUCAUUUUAUCGCUAUACUCUGUGGGAAGGAUGAAGUCCGUAUGGGGAGAAGACUGCUUGGAAUUUAAACCAGAAAGAUGGCUCUCUGCUGAUGAAACAAGAAUUGAAAGGCCUGAAGAUGGGUAUAUGUAUGCAGCAUUUAGUGGAGGAUCAAGAACAUGCAUAGGUAAAUACUUAGCUUUUCUUGAAAUGAAGUCGGUAGCUUCAGCUAUAUUACUUCGUUACAAAUUAUCUCCAGUUCCUGGUCAUCAAGUUCUACCAAAACUCUUCUUCACUUUAUCCAUGAAGAAUGGCCUUAAAGUGAACCUCAAACGUCGUGAUCUUGCUGCUAUACUAUAA